UAUGAGAGGUAUGCUUGGGUUCCGCAGGUGGUUGUGAUUUCGAUUUUGGCGGGUGUGGCUGGGCCGAAAUUUGAUAUUUAUGGAAAGCCGGAGGGAGUGGAGGGGAAUGUUGUGGGAGGGAAUAGGUUGAGCUUUUUUAGCUUGUGUCUGGCGGCGAUUAUUACUUACGCUCAAGGCGCUGCGGACUUCUUUGUCUAUUAUCCGGUUGAGACGGUGAGGUGGAAGGUCUUUGUUUCUACGCUGGCCGGUCUGGUGUUUUCGUCGACCUAUGCUCUGGUCGUCGGAGUUGGCCUCGGGUCAGGCGUGGCCACCAACCCAGACUGGGCUGCAGCGUAUCAGAGAGGUCAAGGUGCACUGCUUGUCGAAGCUUUCAAACCACUUGGCUCUUUCGGCUCUUUCUGCAGUGUCAUGCUAGCUCUUUCUCUGAUCGGCAACAUGGUCCCUCCGACCUAUGCUUCUGGCAUCGAUUUUCAGGCACUCGGGAGGUAUUGGGAGAAGGUACCUCGGAUCGUGUGGAAUACGGUCGCACUUUUGAUCGCGAUAGUGUGCGGUAUUGCAGGAAGAGGUCGUCUGGCUGAGAUCUUCACAGAUUUCCUUGCUGUCAUGGGUUACUGGGUCAGUGUCUGGAUCGCGAUCGUUCUCGAGGAACAUAUCAUCUUCAGAAAAUGGAAGCGACUUGGCUGGAAUUGGGAGGCGUGGAAUGAUCGGACGGGGCUUCCUCUGGGCAUCGCCGCGCUUGUAGCAUUUCUGGUGGGAUGGGGUGGCUCCAUCUUGUGCAUGGCUCAGGUGUGGUAUGUCGGGCCUCUGGCUAGGCUAAUCUCGGUGCAUGGUGGUGAUAUGGGUAACUAUGUCGGCUUCGCGUGGGCUGCGAUCGUGUAUCCGCCGCUUCGUUCGGUGGAGCUUCGCGUUUUCGGGAGGUGA